AUGCCUUGUGCUUACAUCUGUAAGUCUUCUAUGGUUGAAGAAAGUGUCUGUACGAACAGCGGGGGGCUCUCCCAUGAGUUGCAGCUAUGCCCAUUGCAGGACCUUCAGGUCUCCUUGGACGUAGUCUGCCCAAGCUCAGUGGACUGCUGUGCAGAGAGUGCAGUCGCUCUUCACCUGUUACGCUUUCUCCUGAAGAAGGCACGUUGCGGGAGCACUUCAAGCCCUACACUAGUGGAAAGCGCCAUCGGCAGAACGCAGUCCACUGAAUUCUCACGAAAGAAGCCGCUUCCACAGGAUGCCCGUGGAGAGCGGCGCAGGCGGCCUCCGUUCUGUCGGCACGUGCGAGCUGGCCCCUUCGACACACACGUUCUGCGCCUUGUACGAGGCAGAGGGGUCCUGAUGGGAUAA